CAGGGGAGGGGGCGGGGGCGCCGCGCACGCGCAUUGGUCGGCGGCGCGCGCCGAGCGGGGGGCACCGCGCGGGUGCAGCCACGAUGGAAGGGGGUGCGUACGGAGCUGGCAAAGCCGGGGGCGCCUUCGACCCCUACACCCUGGUCCGACAGCCGCACACCAUCUUGCGCGUCGUGUCUUGGCUGUUCUCUAUAGUGGUGUUCGGCUCCAUCGUGAACGAGGGCUACCUCAACAGCGCCUCUGAGGAGGAGGAGUUCUGCAUCUACAACCGGAACCCCAACGCCUGCAACUACGGUGUGACCGUGGGUGUGCUCGCCUUCCUCACCUGCCUGCUGUACCUGGCCCUGGACGUGUACUUCCCGCAGAUCAGCAGUGUCAAGGACCGCAAGAAAGCCGUCCUGUCCGACAUCGGAGUCUCGGCCUUCUGGGCCUUCCUCUGGUUUGUGGGCUUCUGCUUCCUGGCCAACCAGUGGCAGGUCUCCAAGCCCAAGGACAACCCGCUGAACGAAGGGACGGACGCAGCCCGGGCCGCCAUCGCCUUCUCCUUUUUCUCCAUCUUCACCUGGGCGGGCCAGGCCGUGCUGGCCUUCCAGCGGUACCAGAUUGGCGCCGACUCGGCCCUCUUCUCCCAGGACUACAUGGACCCCAGCCAGGACUCCAGCAUGCCUUACGCGCCCUACGUGGAGCCCAACACCGGGCCGGAUCCUGCCGGUAUGGGCGGCACCUACCAGCAGCCGGCCAACGCCUUCGACACCGAGCCUCAGGGCUACCAGUCGCAGGGCUACUGAGCCACAGUGACCGCCUGCCCCUGCCCCUCCCCCAUCUGUCCCCUCCCUCCACACCCAGCCCCUGUUCCCUCCCAGGCUGCCCUGCCCAGCACCUCAUCAGCCUCUGCCUUGUCCCACUGAGGUCCAGGGUAGCUCAGGGCAGGGGUGGGGCCGUCCAGUGCUGGGGGUGUCUACAUGUGUGUGCAAGUAUGUCCCAGGGCAUGUGACCCACAGAGCCCUAGUGGGUGGGGGCCAGGGGUGUUUGCAUUCAUACAUUGUGUCAUCAGCAUUCCUUGAGCACCUACUGUGCAUCCAGCCUGUGCCGGGCAUGGGUGGUAAAAUUGGCAGAGAUGGCCUCUGGAAAGGGGAGAGAUGAGCGGUGGAGGAAGUCCUGGUGGUCCCAGAGGCUGGAACAGUGGGGAAGACAGCCCCAGAUAAUGCUGGGAAGUUUGGCUACACUGUGGCUUGGUCAUAGGGCGAAUGUGAACAACCACAGGACACUGGGGGCUGUCACCCCACUCCAGCAGUCCUGCUAAGAGUGUCAGGACGGUCUCGAUUUUAUGGUUGAGGAAACUGAGGUCUGGAGAGGUCAAGAUCCCUUGCCCAGAGUCACUCAGGCAGCUAGUGAUAGAGGUGGGGCCGAGCCCAGGCUGCCCAACUGCAGACCACAUGCUUGUCCCUGGCCACCCACUUCCCCCCAUCCCCAUGCUUGGGGCUUCCCAGCUCAGUGUUACUGUCAUUCUGGGAGGCCUUGGGGCCCUCAGCCCCUUGAGACACCCUGAUUCUGCUGCAAGCCAAGGGCCUGUUCUACCCAAGCUGUUCCUCCCCUUCGCCGGGGACACCCCCACUUCCAGAUCCCUCCACCCACAUCCCCCUGGCCCUACCCCUGGCCCUUGGCCUCCUCUGAGAGGGCUCGCCCUGGUGCUGCUCUGUGCUCUGAGUGUCCCACUGGCGCUCGUUCCAGGGAGCUCCAUCAACCCCCUUCGUGGUCUCAAAGGACUGAUCACUGUCCUUUCCUCUAGAAGGGCUCACGAAGCCCUUGCCUAGGGCUGGUGGAUGAGGAGGCCCAGAUGAGGGCGUGACUGGCCCAAGGUCAUGGUGAGUAAGUGGCAAAGCUGGGCCUGAUGCCCGGGUUUCUUGGCCUCAGCUACCCAGCAGGUGCCUUGAUUCCCUGCCCUUGUGACCUCCCAGGAAACAGAACUGAUCUGGGACACUGUGUCACCUCUCCUCUCACCUGGGGUCAAUCAGGGUUCAGGGGCUAGAGCAGCCAAAGGCAUGAGAGGUGUUUCCUUGGCCUUCCGGAAGACCCUCUGUAGAGCCAGCCUCCCUGUGGGAGGCAGAGCAGCAAGGACAGGGGCUUUGGAAUCAGCAAGUCAGCUCCUGGGCUGCAGCCAUGGAGAGGCACUGCCUCCAGGACGACACAGGCAAGAGCCCCUGAGGCAUGGGAGGCCCAGAGAAGACCAUGGGCUGUAGGGGAGAGGGUGGCAGGUGACCCCAAGGCAUGAAGAGGGUCGUGGGGCCUGAGGAGGUCAUAAUCUCUUCUGAGUGGGGGCAGGUAGAUUCUUGAAUAAGGUGGGCUCUUCAGUGAGCCGUAAGGGACCGGGAGAGAGGUGUGGGAGAGCACUGGGGGCCCAUCCUCCCAUCCACCCAGUGUCCACUGGCCUGUCCCCCGGGGAGCAGAGCAGGUGGUGGACAAGCCCAGUGCUGGGCGUCUCUACCACCAUCCCCCCAUCCCUGCUCCAAGAACCCUCCAAGGCGAUCCCUUACCUGCUCACUCAUUCAGCAGUUAUCCCGCACCUGUCCUGGGGAUACCAAGAGUGUGGGUGAUUCCUGUUUCCAUAUCCCUAAGGUCAGGCUGGAAGUCCUAAUCAGAGAAGUAGCAUCAUUGUCCCCAUUUAACAGAGGGGAAACAGGCUCCGCGAACAUAAGCGAGCUGGCAGUGGAACACAGAUCUAAACUCGGGUCUGUCCAAGACCUCCCAAGGGACAGCAGUGAUGGAGAGGACCCCAGGCAGCUGAGUGAUAGCUACUUGUUGCUGACGUCAUUUUCCAAUCCAAGGAAGGGACCCUGUCCACAGUGGCCCAAAUGGGACCAGCAUGGGGGCAGGUUAUCUGCUGGCCUGAAGAGUGAAACCUAUACCAGGCCAAAGGCGAAGGUGUGAGUGGGUGCAGGAGUGUUUAUGGCAAAGUGAAGUUCUGUGCCCCCUACAAGAGGCUGUGAGAUGUUCUGACCCUCACCCACUCUCCACCAAAAGCGUCCCCUGCUGGUGGGUACUUGGAGAUCUCAGGGUGCUGCCCAUCUGUUUCUCCCUGGGCGCCAGCCAGCUGCUGGCAAUCCUUGGCUGGAGGGCAGGGCACGAGGUAAGCUUGACUCCAUCCUGGCUGUUUGUUACAGACUCUGCCUGCCACCCUAGGCAGGGAAAGUUGCCAAGACUCCUGCCAGGAAUGGGGGGUGCUGAGUCAUCUCACAAAGAAUCCCUCACUAUUCCCAGGUACAGCCCAGAAGCACUCCCCGGCAUGAUCUAUCCCCAUCAGGCUGGGCUCUGGCAGAAACCUGCCCAGGAAGGAGAUGAGAGAGGGCGAGAGAUGGAGGGCGGGAUUUGGAUGGGACCCAGGGCUCCUGACUCUGCCCUGGAAGGUUCAUGGGGAAGCUCUUGCCUUCUGUUGGCAGAGGAUAGCCCCUGGAGGACCCCAGGCCCAACUCUGUCUUGUAUCCCUUUUUCCUCUAAGCUGCCCUCCCCUACUUCUCCCUUGCUCCCAAAGCUCUCCUUGGAGAAGGGCCUUCCUGCAGCCGGACCCUGCAGGGUGGCUUCCUCCUCCCCAUCAAGCACAAGAGAGGGCCCAGGAAAAAAGCUUUGACAUAAGCGUAGAGCUGCAAGGACCCUUAGAGUUGGCAGAGUCUGGGGCAGGUUUGUCCAAGGUCAAGUGGAGAGUGAGAGCUUCAGGAGCCAGGUCUUCUGCUUUCUGAGUUGACUCAUCCUGGGUUGUUACAGACUGUCCUGCCUGCACGGCUCCUGAUCCAGUCCACCUGAGGGUGUCUCAAUGGAGAGGCUAAUUCCCAGGGGACAGACAUUAGUUCCCCACUCCAUCCUUCCCUGGUGAUUCUUGAUCUUCAAAGCCUCAGGGGUCCCAGGUUUCUCCAUGUCACUGAGAGCCCCUGCCUGUUAGCCCUGGGGGACCCCUGACCUUGGCCCGAGACCCCUUUGAUUCUCUAAGGAGCAGAAAAGGGGAAACGCCCCUCCCAGGAGUUUAUGGGAGGAGAGACUGGGCCGGCUGCCUCCCAGCGAUGCCCUUGGCCUGACACUCCCUAUACCCUGGUGUGCACAGCCCUUGUUGGUGCCCCGGCCCCCUCCCGCAGCGUUACUGCCUGUGUAUAGUAUAAAUAUAUAUAUUUUCUAUAUAUAAGAUGUAUAAUAUAAGGCUCCACAAAUAUAUCUGUGUGUGUGCGUGUGUGUGCGGUGAAGGGCGGUCCCCAUCCUGGGCCCCCACUCUCGGCCCCCCCCACCACCUGGUUAAGUCUCGAGUGAAUCCACUGGCCCCGUGGCACCCUCCUUUAUGACAUCCAUCCAUCCGUGGUGAACCAAGUGAAGGUGGUGACUUCUGGUGACAUCGUAGUGACAUCGUAAUAAAGUGAAGACUCAGAACCCCCCAGCGA